GUCCCCGUUUGUUUUUACAUUUUCUCUGAUCUCAAUUCCCUGGACCCUCUCCUUGUGUUCUCCCCUGAUGACUGCACUGUGUUUACCUCAUCUCAUUUCUUUCCUCAUAUCCAUUUUCCUGCAGCUUUGUGGUACAUAUUCUUGGCUCUUGUCUUGCCUCUUCUCUUUAACCUUUCCUAUCCUUUGUUACUUGUGUUCUGAGAACUGCAAAUGUUUUCAUUUUGUCUAGGGUGAAGGGGAAUGGUUGGGAAUGAAGGUAGAAAGGCAGUUUGAUGCCAGGGCUCUGAGGGCUUGGGAAAUAGGGAGAUGAGAAAUGAUUAAGUAGGGCAUCAUUAUGCAGGUUUCUGUGUGGCUUAUGAGGUCAUUUGGACUCAGUGUUAAUCUGAUUGUGUUGUAUGACCUAGGUUAAAUGGAGAGAGGAGGUGGAAGGGAGUCAGCCUAGCCAGGGAGGCUUUGAUUUGGGGAGGGUGAGGUGUUUCUGAAGUUGAGUUUCCUCAGCUACAAAGAGAGCUUAGAUGGGUACUUUUCCCCUCCUUUCCCCCAUCCCCAGGACUGUGUCUUCACAUGAAAUCGCUGAUUUCCUUAAAGUGGAGUACAGGACCUAGGAUGCCAUUCUCUGAUUCCUCCUUAAUAUUUGAGGGCAGCCUCUAAGGAACUUCAGGGGCCUUUGAAAUACAGUUUAAAAUCACUGAAUUGGGUAGUCUCAGACUCCUAGCAGUUUUUGAGAUUCUGUGUUUUUCUACUGCCUCUCAGCAUGCACCUGUCAUUUUGCUUUUCCCCACUUGCCAAAACAGUAAGUAAUACAGAUAAUGCUACAUUCACACCAGCUUGCCUUUAAAGACUGGGAACCUUAGGCUGAGGAAAAAGGAUUCCAGACACACAUUUCCUCUCAGUCUAUGAGUCACUAGGGGAAUUCCUCAGGUAAGGCAGCAUUCCUGAGAGUUCGACUAGGCCAUGACAUGAUCAGAGAGACGGGUAGAGUCUGAGCAAGACUCUACUAGGGGUUCAGUUGUUGGGCUUACAAGUAUCUUGACUGUAUCGCCCACAGGUGAUGGAGGACGAGGAGAAGGCAGUGGAGAGCUUGGUGAGCAACACGGAAGCUGCUCGUUCUCCAUCCCCCAUUCACUGCUGCUCGCUCCGCCUCCGCUACUUGGCAGCUACUAGCAUUAUAUGUGGCUGCUCUUGCCUGGGAGUCGUGGCCCUUGUGUUUGCCAUCAAGGCGGAAGAGCGGCAUAAGGCAGGCCGGUUGGAGGAGGCAGUGCACUGGGGGGCCCGGGCCCGGAGGUUCAUCCUGGCCAGCUUUGCCGUCUGGCUUGCUGUCCUUGUUCUGGGCCCGCUGCUUCUAUGGCUGCUCUCCUACGCCAUCGCCCAGGCUGAGUGACCCUAGCUGGCCUUUGCUGAGAGUCAGCCGAGACAUCCUGAAUCCUGCAAUGCGGCAUUGCUAGGGUCUGGUGCCAACAAUGGUACUUCCUGGCUGGAAGGAUGGUGCCUCUCUCAAAGGGCUUUGGAAGAGAGAGGCAGCAGCUGAGACUGAUGAGGGGAGGUCAGCCUGCUCUGUUCUUUCAGUGCCCACCAUCCCCUAUUCCCCCCAAUCUCCUCCAUCCUAGGGGCCUCUAGGAGGUGGGGUUGAAGCCCAGGCCUGAUUUUAUUAGUAUUUGUUUUGUAAUAAAAAUCUUUUUUAGUGG